AUGAUAGUUCAACUUCAACUGUUGCAGCUCACACUGUUGGCGAGGGCAAGCUAUGCUGCUGCUGCCAGAGACCCAACGCAAAGAAGUUUCUUCUUGGAGAAGGAAAUGCAACCCGGCACAACCAUGAAAUAUAGCUUAGUUAGAAAUAUAAAUGGGGCAUGUCCCCUGCCCCGAAAAAUUGCUCAAUCGAUCCCCUUCUCUUCCGCAAAACUGCCAGAAGUUCUCAACAAAUUUUCUAUGGAGCCAACGCCCGUGGAAGCUGCUGUAAUUCAGGAAACCAUUCAAGAUUGUGAAAGUGGAACCCUUAAUGGAGAGGACAGAUAUUGCGCCACCUCCUUGGAGUCAAUGGCUGACUUCGCCAUGUCCAAGCUGGGAAGAAACGUUCAAGCAUUCUCGACAGAGGUCGAAAAGGGAGCCACCCUGCAGAAGUAG